AUGGCAACUGUCUACGACCAGAGCCUUGCGCCGCUGAAAUGUGACAACGGUGGCACUCUUCUGUCCAGGAUCGCUGCGACUACCACAUCGUGGGGGAGGCUUGGACAUUUGUGCAAUGUGGCGACACUGCGUCUUUGCGGUAUUUCGCCCUCCUCUGCCUUUCGCCUCUUCGCUUUCGCUCCCGCCGCCCGCCGCCUGUGGCGCGGCAUCCGACGAGCCCUCCUCGUCUACACGACGACUUCGCCCGAGCCCGUCAUCUCCGACGCCUUCGCCGCGGACACCGAUGACGCCUCCAGCGACCCCGUUUGCGGCUCCGUCUUCGACGCCUUCGACACCACCCUCAUCGGUCCGGAGGAGCGCCACAAGCUCCCUGUGCGCCCGUCCGACCAUGCCGACUACGGCCUGUGGCACGCCCGCCUCGGCCACUUUGGCAGGAACAAGAUCAUCGGGCCACUGCGCUACAGAGGCCACCCGAGUCAGCCGACCAAUCGCCGAGUCUACACCCACUUCGGCGAGCGAGUCGCGUCCGAUCUCUGCGGCCCCUUCAAGCUUCUGCCGUUCAGCAUCCACAAGUUCAAGUUCGCCACAAACUUCGGCAUCAACCUCGGCCACGACCCGCGGCGCUCCAAGUACCUCGUCUACAUCCCCGCCGUCCGGCGGAUCAUCUCUACCGCCGACGUCAUCUUCGACGAGUUCUCCUUCACCACCCUCGGCGGCGCCUGGCAACCCUUCAAGAUCCGCGGCGCCGUCGAACAAGAACGCCCUCAAGUCCCCGAGGCGAUCAUAGUCUACUACCUUGGCCCGGGAGACGGAAGGGCGGGCGGGCGGAGGUGGAACUAUCUUCCCAAGCGGGCGGGCGGGGACGGAGCACGGACGGAAGUGGCGGGCGCGGUGUGGAGGUCGUUGGGCUACAUGUACAUGUAA